AUGGACAGCGGCAUACCCGACUUGUGUGAUCUGGAAGAGCUGCUGAGUGAUCUCGUGAAACCCUCCAUCGCGAGCACACAACCUACGACCUUCUCAGAGGACGUUGCUGCAUUCGCAGACGCCGAAGAGGAGACCUUACAAGCGCGAACCUCCGGAGUCCUUGGACGGAGCUGGAGGACGUGUGAUAUAUUCCGCAGCGAGCCCGUUGAGCCAGGAACUUCCUCACCUCUGCAGAUGCUCUGUAUGGCGUCGUCGCCACCUCUCACACCUUCACUAGCGAGGAAGCGCAAAUUCACUGAGCUCAAUCUGGGCGAGAAUCAACUGGCGCGUCCAGCGAAAGCACAACGAUCGUAUUAUGGCAUCAACAUUCACCAGCUACUCGAAGAUGCUCAGGCCGAGGCCAUUAUACCCAUAGAAGCGUACGAGCUACCUACACCGCCAGCCGAGCAAACCACGACGAAGAAAUCAUCUCUACUAUGGACGGAAAAGUACCGAGCUCGCAAAUUCACUGACUUGAUUGGCGAUGAGAGAACGCACAGAUCCGUCAUGUACUGGCUGAAAAGAUGGGAUCAGAUCGUCUUCCCUGGCUCCUACCGUCCACAGAAGCCAAAGAAGGGACAGACGGAGCAAAUAGAAGAGCGACCACUGAAGAAGAUUUUGAUGCUUACUGGACCGCCUGGACUGGGCAAGACGACGUUGGCACAUGUAUGUGCUAAGCAGGCUGGUUAUGAGGUGCAAGAGAUCAAUGCGAGUGAUGAGAGGAGUAGUAACGUCGUAAGAGGGAGGAUUAGGGAUAUGGUUGGGACGGAGAAUGUGAAAGGCGUUGAUACUAGGACAGUUGAUGGCAAGGUGAGAAAAGCUGGCAAGCCUGUCUGUGUUAUCGUGGAUGAGGUCGAUGGCGUAGUGAGCGGGAGUGGUGGUGCAGGAGGAGAAGGAGGGUUCGUGAAAGCACUCAUCGACCUCAUCCUCUUGGACCAGAAAAACAGCAGUGGACUCAGCAACAUGCAACAAGCACCUGCUCGAAAGAAGAAAGGCGAUCGCUUUAGAUUGCAGAGGCCGCUGAUCUUGAUCUGUAACGACAUAUAUCAUCCGUCCCUUCGACCACUGCGGCAGAGCUCCCAUGCUGAGGUGAUACAUAUGCGCAAACCACAAAUCCAGACAAUCACGGCUCGUAUGCAGAGUAUCUUUGACAAGGAGGGUGUGCCGUGUGAGGGUGAUGGUGUGCGCAGGCUAUGCGAGGCUACGUGGGGCGUCAGUAAUCGGAAAGAAGAUCGCGGUGGCAAUGGUGCUGGCGAAGGCGAUAUGCGAGGGAUCAUGGUGGUAGGCGAGUGGAUUGCUGGAAAACUGCGGGCUGAGCAAAGUGCUACUGGUAAUGCGAGACUGACAAGACGAUGGGUGGAAGACAACGUCCUUCGUGAUCUCUCACAUGGAGGUGGUGCCACUCGAGGGUUAGGCGGAGGAGGACCGAAGGAUAUCGUCGAGCGAGUCUUCCAAGAAGGCGCUGGCUUUCCGAAGAGUUCAGCACCCGUCACUCCUUCAAACAACAGUGGCGCACGAGGAGUAGCAGAAGGGCAAAAGCGAACAGCCACUGAUCGUCUCCGCGAACUAGUCGACACCCACGGCGACACGGACCGCAUCAUGACCGACUGCUUCACCACAUACCCAGACCAUCCCUUCCAGGACGACACCCUCCUCUCCAAACCCUCCGCCGCCUACGACUGGCUACACUUCCACGACCGCCUGUCCUCGGCAGUGUUCACAAGCAACGAAUGGGAACUAGCACCCUACCUCAGCACCCCUGUCCUCGCCUUCCACCACCUCUUCGCCUCGCCCACACGGGCCCAAUACCAAGCUCAAGCCCAGCAGGGCCAAAACAACACCGACCCAAGCGACGACGCUCUGCCACCCCACCCCUUCACCGGCCCCCAAGCCUCCUGGACAGCCCACGAAACCACAAAACACCACCUCUCCCUCCUCGAAACCCUACACUCCUCCCUCACCCUCGACCUCACCCGCUCCUUCAGCAGCACGACCACCCUAUCCACCGAUCUCCUCCCCUACCUUCUCCGCAUGCUCUCGCCGAACGUGAACCCCGUAAUCGUAGGCGGCAGCGCCACAGACCGCGAAGGCAAAGCCGGCACAGCCUCCGUUCGUAAAGCAUCAGAACAACAACUCCUGUCUCGCUCGGUAGAAGCGAUGUUAGCCUGCGGUAUCCAUUUCGAACGAACACGGGUCACGGAUCUGGAUUCUGCGGAUGGUGGCAAACCGAGCUGGCAGGCACCUAGUCAAUGGAUCUAUCGCAUGGAACCCUCCAUCGACGUCCUAGGAACCUACUCCACAGGCGGCAAGGACUUCGGUGAUUCUGCUGUAGGUGGGAAGCAGCGUUUCGCGGUGCGACAGGUGUUGGAUCAGGAGUGGAAGAAAGCUGAGAGGAAACGUGCUGAGGCGGCGAGGAUGGCGAGGUUCAAAGGUGGUGCUGUAGCUGGUGAGGAGGAUGACGCUGAGGCAGCCAUCUCACUUUCCGCCUCUGCGGCGAUAGAUUCCGAGGCGGCGAGGAUAGCGAAGAUGGCAGUAAAGCGCGAUUUCUUCGGUCGUGUCAUCGUGGCUCCUGUUCCAAGUCCUGCGUCAGCUGGGGGCGAUCAGGGCAAAGGUAAGGCUACUACUACUACAGAAGAAGGGCCAGAAGGAAGAAUCUGGGUAACGUUCCACGAGGGCUUCUCGAAUGCCGUGAGGAAACCUAUUGGACUAGGGGAACUGAUGAAAGGGUUGUAG